CCCGGAGUGAAUAUUUUUUGCACUGCCCUCCUCUCUCAGUCACGUGCACUCUCACUCUCCCCCUCUUUCACACCAUUCACCUCUUGCCUUCCCUCUCUGAAUCCUUUUGCUCUCUCUUUCUAUCUCCCUGAGGCUUUCUGGAGGAAUUUCUAGCUUAGAGUGCCUGUCAAGCAGUAAGAAGAAGCUCUCAAGAAGACAGAAGACAGACCAGGUGGAGAGACUGAGCAGAGUAGUGGCGUCAGUAUGCCAUGUGUGAGCUUCCUGUUGGUGGGGACUUGCCUGCUGGUCCUCGGUCCGGCUGUUUGGGGCGCCCCCAGCCAGUGCCCGGCUCAGUGUCACUGCCAUGGGGACCUGCAGCAUGUCAUCUGUGACAACGUGGGGCUGAAGAAGAUCCCGCAGGUGUCCGAGGCCACCCGUCUGCUCAACCUGCAAAGGAACAACCUGGGCAGCCUGCCCACUGGCUCCUUCGCCAGCAGCAAGGGUCUCAUCUCGUUGCACAUGCAGCACUGCCAGCUCCAUGAGAUUGGCGGCCAGGCCUUCAAGGGACUCAAGAAGCUAAUCUACCUCUACCUGUCCAACAACGAGAUCACCAGCAUCAAGCCAGGUGCCUUCGAGGACCUCACCGAGCUCACUUACCUCUACCUGGAUGGCAACCACAUCAGCGACCUGCCCAAGGGAAUCUUCUCACCCAUGAUCAACCUGUUCAUCCUGCAGCUCAACGACAACAAGCUGCGUGACAUCAAGCCAGGCACCUUCGCCGGAGCCAAAGACCUGCGCUGGCUGCACAUGAGUGGCAAUGAGAUGAACUCGCUGCAGCCGGGCUCUCUGGACGACGUGGAGAACCUGGCCAUCCUGCACCUGGACAGGAACAGGCUGUCCACCUAUCCUGGCCUGGCCAUGAGCAAGCUGAGAGUGGUGGAGGAACUGAGCCUGGCCAAGAACCCCCUGAGGAGCAUCCCCGACAACGCCUUCCAGAGCUUCGGACGCUACAUGGAGAGGCUGAACCUGGAUGGCAUGGGGCUGGAAAAGUUCUCUGACGCUGCAUUCAAUGGAGUGACGGCCAUCAAGUCUCUGCACCUGGACAACAACAAGCUCAAGUCCCUCCCCAACAGCCUGGAGUUCACCACUAUCACCAACCUCACGCUCUCCAACAACCCCUGGAGCUGCACCUGCAUGCUUGCCCCUCUGCGCAAGUGGAUGGACUCUAGCCGCCAGCGCCCUGAUGCGCUCUGUGCAUCUCCAUCCUCACAGAGAGGAAAGCAGAUUAGAGACAGUUCUGCCUUCAGCAGCUGCAAAGUCAAGACAAAGAGAGCCAAGAAGGGCACGCGCCAUUAAAAGAGAACAUUCUGAAAGACCAGCUCCUGGAGAGGUUGCAGUCCAGGUUGCAGCAAGCCAUCAUACAACCCUUGGAUCUGGAUUACCUGGAAUUCCUGUUCAAUAAUGAGCAUAUCCUCAUUGAAUCCUUUGCUGAGCAGGUUGAUUUCCCUCCAAAUGAUCACAGAGACAUUGAGAGAUUAAUCAAAUCUUGUCAAAGCUGAAAUUGAGGCUCGCCUAACGACAUCAAUUCAGUUUAAGGCAGUUGUUGGGGUAACAGGCAGCCCAAAACUUGUCAUUCAAAGAGAAGUGAAGAAUAUGCUCAAAAUGUACCUUCCGGUACCAUGCAUUGCAGAGUUAUUGGGGGUCUCCAAGUGUACCAUAUUUAGAAGGCAUGAAUUAUGGUUUACCUGUGGGGGUUAUACAGUACUAUUUGUGAUGAAGAGCUCAACAAGACUGACAACCAUCAAAUCCCAGAUGCCAAAUGCUGGCUAUCAUAUGGUCAAGGGACAGUUGGUGUCAAUGGGCUUCCAUGUUCAGUGGUGGAGAUUGAGAGUGUCAAUACAUCAUGUGGAUGCAGCUGAGAUCCUGUCUCACCUUGCCAGGCUUGGAUGUGUGGUGCGACAAAGUUAUUCAGUGCAAAGCCCCCUUUCCUUGAUUUUUUUUCUUUUUCUGGUACAUGCUUUUUUGAUAAGAUAUUGAGCAUAUUAAACUGUUUUAUUGAAUAAUUAUUUUGCGAGUUCUCCUUGUUUUACUUUAUUGAAAGGUACAACAUCAUCAUGUUUGGGGGAGUUGAUGGAUUUUUAAGAAAAGGUAGCCAAACUGUAUUACUCUGAUUAGGAAUUUUGUUGAGUCACAUCCAUACUAGGGAUGUGCGAUAUAUCGGUGACGCAUAUCGGAAUCGGCCAAUAUUAGUUAAAAAUGCCAACGUCGGCCCGAUGUCUAGUUUAACUCCGAUGUGCAAAACCGAUGUCAAAGCUGGCGUGCAUACCUAUAUAACGUAGGUGGAUGACGUAAUGAUGCCAUGAAAAAUAAAGCGCGACACAGAACAAAAGCAGAAAAAUACUAACCGCACACUUCCAACAACAAAACAAGUUCAAGUCAAGCAGUCAUUUGAAAGAGUAAGAACAUUUCAGCGAGACAACGCAAAGGCGAAAUCCAUUAACGCCAAGAUAAUGGAAUUCAUUGCCCUUGACAAUCAACCGUUCUCGGUUGUGGAUGAUGUUGGCUUUCACCGACUGGUCGAGCACCUUGAGCCCCGGUACACACUACCAAGUAGGUGCUAUUUUUCAGAUGUUGCCCUACCAGAGUCACACAGUAUUGUUGAAAAGCACAUCUAUGAGCUACUUGCCAUGGGCAUCACUGACAUUGGGACCAGCGAAGUCAGCCCCAUGAGCAUGCAGAGUCCUCCUCAAAUCCUUCUGUUCACCUGAUUUAGAAUUCCUCACAAUCAAAUGUAGACCGCAUUAUCGACCAAGAGAAUUCUCUUCGAUUAUAAUCACAGCCGUAUAUAUCCCCCCCCAAGCAGACACAUCGAUGGCUCUGAACAAACUUUAUUUAACUCUUUGCAAACUGGAAACCAUUUAUUCGGAGGCUGCAUUCAUUGUAGCUGGGGAUUUUAACAAGGCUAAUCUGAAAACAAGACUCCCUAAAUUUUAUCAGCAUAUCGAUUGCGCAACCAGGGGUGGAAAAACCUUGGAUCAUUGUUACUCUAACUUCCGCGACGCAUAUAAGGCCCUGCCCCGCCCCCCUUUCGGAAAAGCUGACCACGACUCCAUUUUGUUGAUCCCUGCCUACAGACAGAAACUAAAACAAGAGGCUCCCACGCCGAGGUCUGUCCAACGCUGGUCCGACCAAGCUGACUCCACACUCCAAGACUGCUUCCAUCACGUGGACUGGAAUAUGUUUCGUAUUGCGUCAGAUAACAAUAUUGACAAAUACGCUGAUUCGGUGUGCGAGUUCAUUAGAACGUGCGUUGAAGAUGUCGUUCCCAUAGCAACGAUUAAAACAUUCCCUAACCAGAAACCGUGGAUUGAUGGCAGCAUUCGCGUGAAACUGAAAGCGCGAACCACUGCUUUUAAUCAGGGCAAGGUGUCUGGUAACAUGACCAAAUACAAACAGUGCAGCUAUUCCCUCCGCAAGGCUAACAAACUAAGCGUCAGUACAGAGACAAAGUAGAAUCUCAAUUCAACGGCCCAGACACAAGAGGCAUGUGGCAAGGUCUACAGUCAAUCACGGACUACAAGAAGAAAUCCAGCCCAGUCACGGACCAGGAUGUCUUGCUCCCAGGCAGACGAAAACUUUUUUGCCCGCUUUGAGGACAAUACAGUGCCACUGACACGGCCUGCAACGAAAACAUGCGGUCUCUCCUUCACUGCAGCGGAGGUGAGUAAGACAUUUAAACGUGUUAAACCUCGCAAGGCUGCAG